CUCUUUGGCUGCGUCGUCGUGGGCCCGCCGGGCGCGGGCAAGAGCACGAUGUGCGCGGGCCUCUGCCGCUAUCACGCGCUGUCGAAGCGGCCGGUGGCGCUCGUGAACCUGGACCCGGCCUGCGAGGGCGAGGGCCUGACGACCUUCGCCAUCGACGUGCGCGACUUCUGCAGCGUGGACCGCGCCAUGGCCGAGCAGGGCCUGGGCGCGAACGGCGCGCUCCUCUUCUGCAUGAAGGAGCUGGAGCAGAGCACCUGGCUCCGCGACGAGGUCGAGAAGCUGGCGGUCGACGAGUGCUUCCCCUACGUCAUCUUCGACCUGCCGGGCCAGACGGAGCUCUUCACGCACGACGGGAGCCUGCGGCGCAUCCUCGACGACCUGAAGCGCACCUUCGACGCGCGGCUCGUCGCCGCGCACCUCGUCGACGUCGCGCACUGCGGCGUGCCGAGCCACUACGUCGCGGCGUGCCUCCUGUCGCUGACGGCGAUGCUGCGCCUCGAGCUCCCCCACAUCAACGUGCUGAGCAAGGUGGACCUCGCGGACCGCUACGAGCUCGCCAUGAACCUCGAGUUCUUCAAGGACGCGCGCGAGCUGCACCGCAUCGUGCCGUUCUGCGGCGUGCGGCCGCGCGCGCCGGAGCCCCGGCUCCAGAAGCUCACGGGCCGCAUCUGCGAGCUCGUCGACGACUUCGGGCUCGUGUGCUACCAGCCGCUGGACGUGUCCGACGGCGACUCCGUCGCGCGCUUGGUCCGCAUGCUCGACAAGGCGAACGGCCAC